AUGGAUCCCGUGGAAGCCACCGACAGUCAAGAAGACGAUGAAGCUGACCGAGUUGAAGGCCUUGAGAACGAAGAGGUCGAUGUGGAUGACGAAGAUGACGGGAAUGAGAACGGGGAGGAAGUAGAGGAUGAAGACGGCGAAGAUGGCCAGGAAGCAGAAGACGAGGCUGAUGUCCAGGAGGAGGAUCCACCAUUUGACCCUGCAUCCGUGGGCUUGAAGGAAAUAAGCAACCUUGCUAGCUUCACGGUCAGCAGCUACAAGCCCGGAUGCGGAGUGAAGGAGCUUCGCGAUGACGAUGUCAACCAAUUCUGGCAAUCCGAUGGUCCUCAGCCGCAUCGACUGAACAUCCACUUCAUCAAGCGUGUCGAGAUCCGCGCUCUGCGACUCUACUUGGACUAUGAGCACGACGAGAGUUACACCCCGACCAAGAUCCAGAUCACGGCUGGAACUGGUCCGAAUCUCACCAUCCCCUUCACCACCCUCGAGCUGAACAUGCCCAAGGGCUGGAUUGACAUUCCUAUUGCCGGCGCGGGCGGGGGCCCCGAUGGCAACUCGCUCUGCUGCUGGUUCGUACGUGUCGUCGUGCUUGAGAAUCACCAGAACGGCAAGGACACCCACAUUCGUGGAAUUAAGGUCUACGCCUUGGAUGAUAGUGUCGAUACCGCCGAGAACCCGGUCGAGGACAUGGUUGACGCCAUCAACGACACGGACGACAAACGUGCCAGAAAUAAGGUAUACGAGGAUGACUUUGAUGGUGCGGUCCUUCAGCAUGAUGCCGAGGUCCGUCGUCGCAAGGCCACAACCAAAAAGUACGCCCCUGGAGAUGGAGGGCUGACGAUUCCCGAUUUCAUGAGAGAACCCGAGAUUCGGUGA